AUGGCCUCCUUACAAUCAAUCCCCAUCUCUACUAAUUGGCUUCAUCACUCUGUCUCCCCUCCACCAGUGAAGCUGGGCCACUGCACACUGAAAUGUGACAAGUACCUGGUUUGCACAGACGUUUCACUUGUCUUUGAAAUCCGGAUUUCUUUGGUAUUACGAAACCUCAUUACACAAAACAUCGUAUCUUACAUCACUCAACCCAACACGUAUAAAACCAAAAACCACAAGACCGCGAGCGACGGCGGGAACGAGAGCAUGCACUUCGGCUUCGCGGCCAUGCAGGGCUGGCGAGUGUCUAUGGAGGACGCGCACAACUGCAUCCCGGAGCUGGAUGAUGAAACUGCGAUGUUCGCGGUCUAUGAUGGACAUGGAGGUGAAGAGGUUGCUUUGUAUUGCUCCAAGUACUUACCUGACAUCAUUAAAGAGCAGAAGGCGUAUAAGGAUGGCAAACUGCAAAAGGCUCUGGAAGAUGCGUUCCUGGCUAUAGAUGCCCGAAUCACCACAGAGGAAGUCAUCAAGGAGCUUGUUCAGAUAGCUGGACGUCCUCAGGAAGAAACAGAGAAAGUAGCAGAUGAAGAUGAUGUUGAUAAUGAAGAAGCAGCUCUGCUGCAUGAAGAGGCCACCAUGACAAUUGAGGAGCUGCUUAACCGCUUCGGACAGAACCAAAACAAAAAUGCCAAAAAGCCGUGUCCAGGUGCCUCUAAAGAGUCUGAGGAGGGAGAGAAAUCUCAUGCUGAGAAGGGAAUCAAUGGUGAGAUGGAAAGCAGGGCUUCUGAAGUCAACAGCAGUAAGAAGAAGGCGGCUGGUGCUGGAGAUGCGGCCGGAGGCUCCAAGAUUAGGGCCUGCAGAAGGGCGGCUGCAUCCGGUGCUGGCUCUGCUUCUGAUGGAUCCGCUGAGAAGUCUGGGGAUGCUGGCCCUUCCUGCUCCUCGUCUGCAGCUCCCGCUCCAGGAAGUGCCAAGUCCAAGUUCUUUGAGGACAGUGAAGAGUCGGAGGAGGGAGAAGAUGAAGAGGACGGUAGUGAGGAAGAGGACUGCAGUGAGGAGGACGGUGAGAACAGCAGUGAGAACGAUGAAGAGGAUGACACAGAAGAGGGAGAGGAAGAGGAUAGUGAUGAAGAGGAGGAUAUGUGCUUGCCGGGCAUGGACGGAAAAGAGGAGCCAGGUUCAGACAGUGGCACCACAGCUGUAGUUGCUCUUAUUCGUGGGAAGCAGCUCAUCGUGGCCAACGCUGGAGACUCCAGAUGUGUGGUGUCUGAAAAGGGAAAGGCAGUGGACAUGUCCUAUGACCACAAGCCAGAGGACGAGCUGGAGCUGACCAGAAUCAAGAACGCUGGUGGGAAGGUGACGAUGGACGGCCGUGUCAAUGGAGGCCUGAACCUCUCCAGAGCGAUUGGUGAUCACUUUUAUAAAAGGAACAAGGCUCUUCCCCCAGAGGAACAGAUGAUCUCUGCUCUACCUGACGUCAAAGUGCUGACUCUCAAUGAAGACCAUGAGUUUAUGGUUAUAGCCUGUGAUGGCAUCUGGAACGUGAUGAGCAGUCAAGAAGUGGUGGACUUUGUAAAUGAGAGAUUGAAAACUGAGGCUGGUAAAAACAGACCCCUGUCUGCCAUUAUUGAAGAGCUGCUGGACCACUGCUUAGCACCUGACACCUCAGGAGACGGCACAGGAUGUGACAACAUGACCUGUAUAAUUAUCACCUUCCCCCCACACCUUGGGAGCAACAAAGAUGAGGGCACCAAGAAGCGAAAGCCAGAGGAGGAAAACGGCAACGACAGCAAAAAAUCCAAAACUGAAUAGAAGAGCUGUUCCUGAAGGGGCUGAUUAUUUUGAGGACACUUUCCCCUUUGAAUUCAGACCACUGGGAAAAUUUUAAGGAUAGCUCCAUAAGAAAGAGCGUUUUAGUUUUAAACAAUUCAAAGACGCAAGCAACUAGAACUGUUAACCCAGACCAUUUGUUCUUUGUUUUUUGUUCUGAUUUGUUUAAUAUUCCCUGUCGACGACGACGUCUGUAAUUGAUAACUGAAUGAACGAAGCGCAGUGUGGUAGCAGAGGUGAUGACACAAGAGUCUGUGUCCUCCUGAUGUAUCCGUACCCUCGUUUGUGUACAUAGUGUUUUUCCAGUAACUGUCAGCUUGAUUUGAACGCUCUUCUUUUCUUAUUUUCAGUAGUGGAUCAUUGUGUCAGUAUUUGUGACCUUUUUUUGUUUUUCUGAACACCAGUAUGUAAUUGAUAAAAUACAUUUUUUUUUUAAAUAAUGUGAUGAAAGAUGCUCGCCUUUUUUUUUUUUUCCUGAUGAAGCCAUCACCCACAAAUAAUCCUCUUGAAAUGAUGAAUUUACACAUUCAUGACAUUCCUUUCUCCCUUGUUUCUUGUUAGUGAUUUAGAACCAUUUUCUGUUUGCAGUGUCACCGAUCCUAAUGUCUGUAAUAAAUCGGCUUCUUUCGUUUUGAUCAGAAGGCUGGCAUUGGGAUCAAUGCCUUAUGGAAGUCCUCGCUGCAAAAUAGUUUUCUCAUUGUCCUCGGUCUUGACGCGUCUAUCUGAUUCAUUAAGGUUUAUAUACGACGUAUUUUGGAAUAUAUAUUUUGGUACUUUUUAAGAACAUCUUGGUGGGUUGUACGGAGAAGUCAUUGCUCAGAACUACAAUGUUUUCUGUACCAAUAAACAAGUGGAGACAA